UUGGGGGUGCUAAUGGACAAGUCCCAGGGAUUACUUGCUUGUUCAAAUGUGGGCGGCUUGCAGGGUCUAAAGAGCUCAGUCUGACUUGGCAUAAAUUGAGUGGGUUUCCACCACAUCAUCUUCUAUAAAGUUGCAGUCUGCAGAGAGGACUGAUCCUCCAGCCUGCAAUGUUCUAUCUUGAGUGUGGUGGCCACUAGGCCUCCAAACAGCAGGGAUCCUCAGUGGCCUCUGCUCCACCAAACAGCACGAAGCCUGAUCUAGAAUUGAAAAAACUCCAUCCUAUCAUCUGGGUCUUUGAAGCACCCAACCGCCUGAUUCCUUCACUUUAUAGUCCCCAAGCAGACCAGUGAGUUAGUUAGAAAGCAGGUGUGCAUUCAAACUGUUCCAGGCCCCACAUUUCAGAAUGGAAUUUGGACUCUCAAGCGUUAGCGAACAUUCCGCUCUCCCACCAUAUGAUUUACUCCCGCAGUUAAUUGCACGGACCAUUUCUGAGGGUGUAGCUUCGUACCUGCAAAAAAGGGGGCCACGGGGCAGAAGCCUGGUUGGAAAUUGGACCCUGUUAAAAGUAUUAAAUUGGAAGCAAGUCACUGAUGCAGAUCAGAUUGCAUCACAAAUGCUAUUUGGCUUUCCAGAGGGGUUAACUAAGGGUGUCUGAACUUAGAGUAGUCUAGAUGCUGUCAUGGCUUUGGGAAUGGCACGUGGUCUGACUGAUGCCACGCCUUUCGCUGCCUUGCAGGUUCACAGCACUGUCACAUUUGGUGGAAGCCAUGUGGGUGACCAGCCUUCUGGCCCUCUGCGCCCUCGUGGCUGCAGUGCCCUCGGAAGAUAAGAAGCUGAGUGACAAGGCAGCCACCUUAGCCGAUCGCAGCGCAACUCUCGCCUUCAACCUCUACCACACCAUGGCGAAAGACAAGAACACAGAGAACAUCCUGGUGUCUCCCGUGGUGGUGGCCUCCUCUCUGGGCCUUGUGUCACUCGGUGGCAAGGCCACCACGGCCUCCCAAGCCAAGGCCGUGCUCAGCGCCGACAAACUAAACGACGAGUACGUGCACAGCGGUCUGUCAGAGCUCCUGAGUGAGGUCAGCAACUCCACCGCCCGCAACGUCACCUGGAAGCUCGGGAACCGCUUGUACGGCCCCAGCUCCAUCAACUUCGCUGAUGACUUUGUGAAGAGCAGCAAGAAGCACUACAACUACGAACACUCCAAGAUCAACUUCAGGGACAAGAGGAGCGCCCUGAAAUCCAUCAACGAGUGGGCAUCCCAGACCACCGAUGGCAAGCUCCCCGAGGUGACCAAAGAUGUGGAGAAGACCGAUGGGGCCCUGAUCGUGAAUGCCAUGUUUUUUAAGCCUCACUGGGAUGAGAAGUUCCACCACAAGAUGGUAGACAACCGUGGCUUCAUGGUUACCCGUUCCUACACAGUGGGAGUUCCCAUGAUGCACCGCACAGGUCUGUACAACUACUUUGAUGAUGAAACUGAGAAACUUCAGAUUGUAGAGAUGCCUCUCGCUCACAAACUCUCCAGCAUGAUCUUCAUUAUGCCGAACCAUGUGGAGCCACUGGAGAGAGUUGAGAAGCUUCUCACUAGAGAGCAACUGAAAACUUGGAUCGGAAAGUUGAAGAAGAGAGCCGUGGCUAUUUCCCUGCCGAAAGUCAGCUUGGAAGUCAGCCACGAUCUUCAGAAACACUUGGCAGACCUUGGUUUGACGGAAGCCAUUGACAAGAACAAAGCUGACCUGUCCAAGAUUUCAGGCAAGAAAGAUCUCUACCUUUCCAAUGUCUUCCACGCCGCGGCCCUCGAGUGGGACACCGAGGGGAACCCCUUUGACGCUGACAUCUAUGGCCGAGAAGAAAUGAGGAACCCCAGACUCUUCUACGCCGAUCACCCGUUCGUCUUUGUGAUCAAGGACAAUAAAACCAACUCCAUUCUUUUCAUUGGCAGGCUAGUGAGGCCCAAAGGGGACAAAAUGCGCGAUGAACUGUAGUUUGAAGGGUCAGGUUUUGUUGGGGAUUUUUUAAAUGGGGAAAUGUUAUUUUGUAUUCUCUACAAACUGAUGGGUGCUAGCCGGACCAGAGUGCAUUUUGAUGUUCAAUCCAACAUACACUUUACCUCGCCAGAAUAUUCCACCAAAAGAAAAUGCAUGGGAGGAACAGGGGAGGUGGGGGGAGGGGAAAGACCAUGAACAAUGGGAAGGGCCUGUUCAAUGGGCUUCUGUUCCCAAUCAGUGGAAUUUCUGCUGAGAUGAUAGGUUGCUGUGUCUUCUUCCUCCUUCCUGCACUAGCAUAAAUCCUUAAGCCAAGCAUGAUGGUACCACCUGCUGGGAUGCAAACUGUCAGCUGAGGCCACGGUAAAGGUACCCGCCCACACACUCGCAUCAGUCUUUAUUGUGCCUUUUGUUCUAGACACAUGGAGCGCUGGCUUUCCCAUCCCUCUUUCCUGGCAAUUUUGCAGCGGACAGCUUGCUUACUGCCAUAGCUUAUUCCUGCUUCCUUGUCCUGGGGGUUUCUUAGCUGAGCUAGAAUUCAUGGUGCCUAGUCCCUUUAUUUGUUACCUCCUUGAAGUUCUGUGUCCAAGGGAGCAGCAAGGACUGAGGCUGCUCCCACUUACAUCCACUCACCACUGCGGAGGCACUGGGUGCAGAUUAAGGGUGAGGAGAAAUGAGCUCCUACCAGUCGGUUUAACUAAACUGGUUAUUUUAGGGCAGGGAAAACAGACUGCCAUACAUGUAAGUAGGUGCUCUGAUGCUGUGACCCACAUAAGAACAAAUAGAAUUCUCCCUAUACCGCUUAACUCUGAACUGUGUGUCAUAUCCCCCCAAAAAACUUUUAAGUUGAACACAAAGUAAAAAAUGCCUGUCCCUUUCUUACCCAUGGGCAGCUGAAAUCUUGCAAAAAUCUGCAUCACUGGGAAUUGCAUUUAAAAAUUCCCUCUUCAAUUAGGCAGCAGUGAACUGUCUCAGCUAAGGGAGCAAGGACUGAAUGGGCCAUAGAGAUGAAAGAUCCUUUUUCAUGUGAGCGCUUAAGCAGAGAGGAGGCACUGGUGGGGAAGGGGGGUGAUUUUGCUCCGCAGUUAGCUGUGUUCUCUGCCUGCUGUGUGGAUCAUGAUUUCAGUCUGGGAGAGUAUCCAGCUGAUAACUCAUCAGCACCAGGCCUGCUAUAGAAAGGAUUCGAUAACACCAAAGGGAGAGGAGGAAGUUCACAUCACUUGGUGCUUUUGUUUCAGUCUUGUCAGGACAGACUGGGC